AUGUCAAAACAAACAAUAUAGUAUAUUUUAAUGCGACGCAUGCAUUGCAUGAGGUUCAAAUCAUAAUCACGGAACAAUUUUAUUCAAAACGCUAGAUAUUACGUAUCACAGAAUUAAUAAAAUCCUAUAAACUCGCAUUAAUUAAAUGUUAUGAGCAUAUUUUAAAAUGUCUCAAGUAAAAGUGAAGGUUAUAAGUCGCAACCCCGACGACUAUAUUCGUUCUACGAAAAGGGACAUUCAUAAAUUGCCAAGAAAUUAUGACCCUAGUCUUCAUCCCCUGGAGGCUCCACGGGAAUAUGUCAGAGCUCUAAAUGCUGUUAAACUAGAAAGAGUGUUUGCCAAACCCUUUAUUGGGAACUUGGAUGGCCAUUCUGAUGGAGUUUCCAGUUUAGCAAAACAUCCAAGUAGAUUGGCAGUGUUAGCCAGUGGUGCUUUUGAUGGGGAGAUACGUCUGUGGGAUUUAGCAGCUCGUAAAUGCACUAGACAUUUUAUAGCACAUGAAGGUUGGGUACGGGCUCUUUGUUAUUCACCAAAUGGAGACAGUUUUACAAGUGUUGGUGAUGAUAAAACUAUAAAAACAUGGAAAUCUGAGAUCCAUUCUGAAGAAGAUGAAGAUCCAGUGAAUACAUUACUGAGUAUGUCAGUAGUGAGUGGUGUUUCUCAUCAUAGAUCAAAGCCAAUAUUUGCAACAUGUGGAGAGCACUGCCAAUUGUGGGAAAAAACAAGGAAUGAACCAAUUAAAGUUUUCAAGUGGGGUGUAGACAGUUUACAUCAUGUGGCCUUCAAUCAGGUGGAGAACAACUUACUGGCUUCCUGUGCAAGUGAUAGAAGUAUAAUUCUGUAUGACUGCCGUGAGUCAGGUCCUUUGAGGAAAGUAGUAAUGGAAUUGAGAUCCAAUUCUCUAGCUUGGAACCCUAUGGAGGCCUUCAUAUUCAGUGUAGCAAAUGAAGAUUAUAAUUUGUACACAUUUGAUGUGAGAAAAUUGAAACAACCUGUGAACAUCCACAUGGGACAUACAUCAGCUGUCAUAGAUGUUGACUAUGCUCCAACUGGACGAGAAUUGGUCUCUGGAAGCUACGAUAAGACAAUCCGCAUCUUUGAGAGCUUGAAAGGCAAUUCUAGGGAUGUCUACCACACCAAAAGGAUGCAGAGGCUGACUUGUGUCAAGUGGACUUUGGACAAUAAAUACAUAUUAUCAGGCUCUGAUGAAAUGAACAUAAGAAUGUGGAAAGCAAGAGCUUCUGAGAAAUUGGGCGUUUUGAAGCCACGCGAGAGGACAGCUCUUAAUUACUCAGAAGCUUUGAAGGAGAAAUUCGCAAAUCACCCACAAAUAAGACGGAUAGCCCGUCACAGGCAUGUCCCCAAACAUGUGUAUAAUGCUCAGAAGGAAUUGAAGACCAUCAAAGAAAAGACUAAGAGAAAAGACGCCAACAGACGAGCACACAGCAAGCCUGGAGCUGUUCCGUUUGUUCCGGAAAGACAGAAACACAUUGUCAAAGAAGACGAGUGACAACUGCUCUUAUAUCUGGUAUAUAUUUUAAGUAAACAUCGUUUUUUUUCACAUUAA